AUCCGAAGCAUCUUCAAGGCUAACGUGUAGUCUUCUGCUCUGUAAAUUGUGGCCUCUCUGACCACUUCUUUGCCAGCAUAUCAAAUAUUUGACUAUUGUUGAUUUGCUUCUAGUUUGGACGUACCCUUAGUCGUCUGAUGUUUUUAUCAAGACCUGCUCUUUCGCGAGCGGCCUUGAUCUCGCGCCGGAGGCAUGAUCCUUUUGUAUCUUUAUGCUUCAAGUCAUCGACGACAAAAGGAUCUCUCUGCCAUAAUUUACUCCGUUCAAAUCACGUAGCACGGUUUUUUGCAACUGCUACCUCUUCUCAUGCUACCCAGGACCUCAGACAAUCACCGACUGUAUUUUGGCGGAUUCUCGGGUUCUGUGCAAUCUCGAUCGUCUUCACCACUGCGGGCUUUGCUGUGGCAGCGGCGCCGGUGUUUUCAGCAAUUGAUGAAUACCUUUCACAUCCUUCCGAUGCUGAGACGCUUUCUAUGUUCAAACCAUAUGACGAGAAGUCGUCUGAAGUUGACCAGUAUAUAAAGACUCACCCACUUGCUGUCAGUCUUCGGAAAAACCCAGCACUUUCCGAGUCAAGGCCCCAUUUCAAAAUUCCUUCAGCUUAUUUAAGCCACAACUUCACCAGUGGAACUUUAGCCGGUGAACGCAAGAUAGUGGUUCCACCAUACGCAUGGACUGAUGCAAACGGAGACAACUUGACUUCAAUUACAUAUCUGGGCCCUGAUGUUUGCGGCCACUCUGGAAUUGUACAUGGCGGUCUCUUGGCGACAAUUCUUGACGAAGGGCUCGCAAGGUGUUGCUUUCCUGCACUACCAAACAAAGUGGGAUUGACAGCUAAGCUGAAUAUCAAUUAUCGCAAUCCCGCUCUGGCCGGUUCGUUUGUCGUACUAAAAGCAAAAACAGUAAAAACUGAAGGGCGUAAAGCGUGGGUUGAAGGGCGUCUUGAAACACUCGCUGAAAAUGGAAAAAAAUCGAUACUCCUGGCAGAGGCCGACGCCCUCUUUGUGGAACCCAAGCAAGCAGCUGCCAUGGCUAGGUUCUACAGCUAAUCGGACUCUGUUCAGCUUUGUAUCUUAUUCAACCGAUACAUUUGCGCUGAGAAACCCUGCCCUUCCAAUCGCCUCUACUUAAGUUACUAGCAAAUACUCAAAAGUCGCCCUCCGCCUUUCGAAAACAAGAAGGCAGCUGAAGAACUCGAGCGCGCUACGGACUUUUAACGUUACCUUCCACCUCUCCCUCCACGAUAUUUCUAGUUAGAUCUUCCUUAUAGAACAUAGAAAGCAGUCGUAUCAUUGCUGCCAGCGCAAUGAAAUUUUUAGAUCAAUAGAGGCCUUAACACCACCGAGCAUGAAUCUUUUAUUAUGUAUAUUUUUUAUAUAUACAUAUAUCUGUAUCUCGUCAAAUUUGUGGAAAAUAAAAACCUCCC